AUGGACAAUGGAACCUCGGCAACCGACAUCAUCACCUACAUCGGCGUUCCCCUGGCAGUGCUCGGCGUUCUCCCGAUUAUAUACACAUCCUUCCGAGCUCUCUGGACACAGCGAUCGAUCCAGUCAACUUUGAAAAAGCAUGGACUGCUAGAAUCCGCGUUUACACGCGUCAGUCUUAUCGGGGGUCUCGUCGAGGUGGAGCUCCCGCGAUGUACCGUCACCCCGCUCUCUCGCGAGGCCGAUGCCGAUUACUGGAAAUUGAACGCGCUCCACUUGCCAUUGAAAGGUGGAAGCUGGUCGCUCUUUCACUGGAACCGCUUGGUCACGGGCAGGGUGCUUUAUCGCUGCCAGUUCAAAGAGGAAUUGACCAUUCCACAGGCGGAUGUUGAUUUCGAGGAUCUUGUUGCGUUCUUGCUUGAUCGUGGGGCUGUUCCCGAUGCCCAUGGAUGGCAUAUACUGAGGACUGUCGGGCUCUGGGCACCGCCUGGCACUGUCGUUUUGCGCCCGCCGCAAGGCAUGUCUGGAGCGGUGCUUACCGUUGCACCUCCGGAUGACUCUGAUGGUGUGUUGAGUCUGCAAGUUAAUUGGAAAUCACAAUGGGACUUGAGGAACUCGGACAGUCUGCCUCCUUUCUGGAUGAGACUUGAACAGCCGAGGUUCGCCAAGACGGACAAUGAUGGAGAGAACGCUCCUGCAUCGGUACACGAAGGAAAGGAUAUUGACAGGCCGGAGACAGCACAGGAGAAGCCAUUGAGUCGCCAAAAUACGCUCGUUCCUGAGUCAAUUGCAGAGCCUAGCUCCUCAAAGCCGGAAUCGCUUAUUGCCGAGUUCGAGCGAUUGAAAGCUCAGACUACAAAGUCCGACACUGACAGCGUUCGAUUCAAGAUUGAGCAAGAGCAUGUCAAGCGGGUAUUCUUUGAGAGCAACGGUGGUUCCACUGGGGAACAACGAGACCUCUCUCGUUUUGGUGAUACCUUCGACAUCUGGUUUGCCUGUGUUGCAUCCGCGUUGAGCCAAGAUGGAUACUCGCGGAUUUGGAACUUUGCCAUACCGGGCCACAUUACCAAGUUCGCCCGACAAAAGUCGGUUCCCUGCGGUGUGAUGGUCGUACUUGGUCAUAUGAGUGAAGAGAAUGUCCCACCAUGGGCAUCACCGCCACCACCGCCAGGCGAAUCUCAGGCUGAGAUCCAACAGCGACUGCAAGAGGAUAUAUUAGCUCGACGAAUGGAAGGUGCCAUGCCACCAGCACAAGCCGCAGAAGCAAGACAGGUUAGACUGCAACGCGAUGUGCAGCGGCUUCACCACAGUCACAUCAAGAAAAUGCAUGCGCUGGAGGAGUAUCAGCAACGACGACUUAUUGAAGCCAUCCAGUCACCACGGCUGGACAAUCUGGUUAUCGCGCAGGCAAACCUUGCCUAUCUUGUUGGCCAAGACGUCAUUCCUAGCGAUUAUACUCUCGAUGAUUUGGCGCAGGCUGUGCUGUAUCUUAUGAUACUUGACGAAGGUCAAGCGAAGCUGAUUGCGGAUAUCCUUGAGAGAUGGAUGUUAUGGUGUCAGUUUGGAGGGAUGCAAAAGGUUCAGCUCACCUUGUUGAUGGAGAACAAGAUUGCUUUUUGCUAUGCCUCCGCACUGGUCGCUGUGGUGCAGCAGGCAAAUUCGGGAAAUGGCAAUUUGUCUUCUGAUAUGCUUGAAUGUAUGAGGUCGUGGAGAAGAGUGAGACUGGGUUGA